AUGACCACUAGUUGGGUUGAACAAGAAUGGAAUGAUUAUAAGUUAAAAUGGAAUCCAGAUGACUACGGAGGUGUUGACACUCUCCAUGUUCCAUCUGAACACAUUUGGCUGCCAGAUAUAGUUCUUUAUAAUAAUGCCGACGGUAAUUACGAGGUGACUAUCAUGACGAAGGCGAUUCUGCAUCACACCGGCAAAGUGGUAUGGAAGCCGCCUGCCAUUUACAAAUCCUUUUGUGAGAUCGACGUCGAGUACUUCCCGUUCGAUGAGCAAACGUGUUUCAUGAAAUUCGGAUCGUGGACGUACGACGGAUAUUUGAUUGAUCUGCGACACUUACAACAGACGCCCGAUUCGGACAACAUAGACGUCGGGAUCGAUCUGCAGGAUUACUACAUCAGUGUGGAAUGGGACAUAAUGCGCGUGCCGGCCGUUAGAAAUGAAAAAUUCUAUUCGUGUUGCGAGGAGCCCUAUCCCGAUAUAAUCUUCAACAUAACUCUCCGACGAAAGACGCUGUUCUACACGGUCAAUCUGAUCAUCCCAUGUGUAGGAAUUUCGUUUUUGUCCGUUUUGGUGUUCUACCUCCCGAGCGAUUCCGGAGAAAAAAUCUCUCUGUGUAUUUCGAUUCUGCUGUCUCUGACUGUGUUCUUUUUGCUGCUGGCCGAAAUUAUACCUCCUACGUCCCUCACGGUACCUUUGCUGGGAAAAUAUCUCCUCUUUACUAUGAUGCUGGUCACGCUCUCUGUAGUGGUGACCAUAGCAGUGUUAAAUGUAAACUUUAGGAGUCCUGUUACGCAUAAAAUGGCACCGUGGGUGCAUAGAUUAUUUGUGGAGCUACUGCCUAAAGUUUGUGUAGCAAAGGCCGAAAAAGAUGACAACGGGCAAGAUGACACGCAGGAUGAUAGGCCGUCGGAAGUGUUAACGGAUGUCUUCCAUGUACCAUCAGAAAUCGAUAAGUACGUGCCGUAUGGCGGGAAGAGGUUCAGCGCGGACGAGUUCGAAAUACCAG